UCUCUCUUCCCACAAAACUGAUGUAGGAGAGAAAACAGAGGAGAGAAAACAGGGGAAACUUGUGGAUUAUGUGUUCUCGCCCUCUUUCUUUCUCACUGUUCAUCUUAAGUCAGAGACUCUCUUUUUUCUCUAUUAUUUCUCUCCAACUUCAACAACAGAAAAUUACUCGAUUUGUCUGAGAAACUUCAACCAUGGCUGUGGAUGAGACAUCAGAAUCAACCCAGAUGGCCGAAGUCGGGGCUUCUCAAGAACAAGAUCCAUCUAAGGAAGCCAAAGACGAAGGCGUUGCUGUGGAGGACGCGGAAGUUGCAGAAAAGAGUGACGAAUUGAAGAAAGAAGACGAGCCCAAGACAGACGAGAUAGUAGAGGAGAAGAAAAUUGAAGGCGAAUCAGGCGAGGCUUCGUCGCCUUCCCUGACUGAAAGGAGUGACACAUUCAAGGAAGAGAGCGAUUUUGUCUCUGAUCUGAGAGGGUACGAGAAAAAGGCGUUGAUGGAGCUGAAGAAGAUGCUCGAAACAGCAAUCUUAGGGAACAAGCUCUUCAAGGAGAGGAAGGUCAAAGUUGAAGAGCCUGAAAAGACUAAUUCAUCAGAAAAAGAGGUAGAGAAGAAUGAGAGAGGGGAGGAAAGUGAAGAUAAAGAACAACAAGCAGAAGAAGGCGAGGAGAAUAAAAAUUUGGCUACAAAUGAAGCCAAACAAGAAGAAGAAAUGGAGGUAAAAGAAGGGAAAGAAGAAGAAAUGGAGGUAAAAGAAGGGAAAGAAGAUGAAAAGCCCGCCAAUGAAGUGGAAACCGAAGGCGAAGAGAAGCAGAAAACCGAUGAAGAUGUGAUUGUUGAGGAGAAAGUGAUUCAAAUAGACGAGGAUAUCAGCCUUUGGGGGGUGAGAUUAUUGCCUAGCAAGGGAGAUGAGGACACCAAUGUCUUACUCCUGAAGUUUUUGAGGGCUAGAGAUUUUGAUGUUGAUGAGGCUUUUGAGAUGUUGAGGGAUACCCUUCAAUGGAGGAAGGAUUUCAAGAUGGAUUCUCUAUUGGAUGAAGAUUUGGGGGCUGAAUUUGGCUCCACAGCCUACACGAGUGGCGUGGACCGCGAAGGCCAUCCUAUUUGCUAUAACAUUUAUGGGGUAUUUGGGGAUUAUGAAUUUUACAAUAGGACACUUGGGAGUGAAGAGAACCAGGAGAAGUUUCUGAGGUGGAGAGUUCAGCUGAUGGAGAAGGGGAUUCGGGAGCUCGAUUUCAAGCCUGGUGGUGUAUCCUCAUUCCUCCAAAUCAAUGAUCUCAAGAACACCCCGGGACCAGGAAGGAAGGAGCUUCGGCAUGUCACUAGACGAGCAGUCGGACUUCUCCAGGACAAUUAUCCUGAAUUUGUGGCAAGGAAUAUCUUCAUCAAUGUACCUUUCUGGUAUUAUGCCUUCAUUGCUCUCCUAUCGCCUUUCUUAACCCAAAGAACAAAGAGCAAAUUUGUCUUUGCUCGCCCUUCAAAGGUCGCAGACACCCUUCUCAAGUACAUUCCUGCAGCAGAGAUCCCAGUUCACUAUGGUGGGUUAAAGCGGGAUAACGAUGAUGAGUUCUCUACUAAAGAUGGUGCUUUCGAGAUCAUUGUUAAGCCUGGAUUAAGUGAAUCUAUUGAGAUAGAUUUACCAGAGGUUGGGACAACUUUGAUGUGGGACCUGACUGUGUUAGGUUGGGAAGUUAACUACAGGGAGGAAUUUGUGCCAGCAAAUGAGGGUUCUUAUACCUUGAUAGUGAAGAAGGGGAAGAAGAUGAGUUCACAGGAAGGAUCGGUUCGCAACUCUUUCACAAGCACUAGUGAACCGGGAAAGAUUGUGCUCACAGUUGAGAAUGGAUCAUUCAACAAGAAGAAACGCGCUAUAUACCGAUACAAGAUCAAGAACAAAUCCAGUUCCUCUUGAGAACUUGUUACUACAUAAUUUCCAAAAGUAUAGUUAAUAUGGAUGAAUAAGUUUGAUUCUCCUUCUAGUAGUAGUUUUUGGGUGUCUUUAGGUUCAGUAAGAGAGUGAUGAUGACACCAUUUCCAGGAGGUGGAUACAGCACCCAUACUAUAUAUGUGAAUUUAUUGUUCCAAUUCUCAGUUUCUAAAUAAAAUUAUAAUUAUUAUUAUUAUUAUUAUUAUUAUUUUUUGGUUUCUUUUUUCCCAGGCUUCCAAAUUUUUACCCUCUUUUUUGUAUGUCUUCACGAAGCUUUGCAAUGAAUGUU